AUGUUCCAGUGCCGCAUGUGUUCGGAGAAUCCCUUCAACGCAAUGUUCGCAGGCAGCGGCAAGCCUGACAAGGAGAAGGAAAAGAAGAAGAAGGAGAAGCGGAAGUCUACAUCAAGAAGAGAUGCUGCGGCCUUCCAAGCACGCAGCGAGGAAGAGGUGGUUGCUGCCGUUAAGACUUGGAGUGAGUAUGCCCAUCCGCGGGCCAACGAUUUCUUUUCUAGCCCCGAGCAGCUCGAAGAUGUGCUGCGGCAGCUAGCAAAGGGCAUCGACAAGAAUGACGACCCGAUUUUGGGCUCCGAAGAGAGGUGUGUUUAUUGGUACGGAGACGUCACAAAGGAAGACCUCCAAGCCGCCAUUCGCAUGGUUAAGCCAGGCGAGUCCGCCGAGUCCGUGACGUAUGUGAACCGAGUGCUUGCAUUCAUUUUCGCCACGGACGAAUCUUUCGACAAGUUGAUGAAGCUGCCCAAGGAGCCAUUCAAGAUGAGCUGCGGAGAUCAGCUGUGCGUACAUUUGGCGCAUAUUUCCCUGGCCACGUCUACAUGUUCCACGCUGCGGCAGCCGCAUGGGGUCUUUGUGAGGGAUUGCGAUCUGCUCGCGCAAGGGAACUGCCCAUGCUUACAGCUGCGGGAGCUGGUUGUGAAUCUUCGUUGGGAGGUCUGGUUAACUAUGCAGGACGCCUGUCUCCAUCAAGUCCGUAACGCUGCAACACUCCGCCCAAGUUCCUGCAGGAUUACGCGGUUGACCCUGGUUACGGCCCCCCUGGAGCUUCAUGGACAGUUAUACAGGGGUUAUAAGCCCUCUGGGUACGGUUAUAAGUAUAGCUGCCUUAUCAGCCUAGACAUAACUACCCAUGAACCUCCAAGCAUGAAUCGGGUGGAAAAUUCAAACCUUCAUGGCCAGCGCGGCAGCUUGAGCAGGAUUGCCUGA